AUGGCGUGCCUGGGUCUUUGUGCUGCGCUGAAUGGCGUGGCGGAGGCGGCGAUUGUUCCGGUGAACGAGCAUCACUCGGCUCAUGUGAAUCGAUGGCCGAUGCCGGUGGGCGAGCCGCUUGAGCAGACGCGGAUCACCGGUCCCGAUUUUGUAGACUUUGACGACAGCGUCGUAGUGCAUGGUGAAGGAGGUCCCGAUGACAUGGUCACCGCUGGGGUGGGGCUUGCGGUGAGCUUCGGGAUGGAUUCGGAUCUGAUCUCGAUGGCUGGCGAGUCGAGCGGGAGUAUUUCCGGAUUGAUCGGUGAUCCGAGGCAUAUGCCUAUGUAUGGCGUGUAUUCAUCCGUGAUUGUGGAGUUCCAAACAGAUCAAGCGGUUGAGAUGAAUCUUUCGUAUGACUAUUGGAAUCUUGGAUCUGAGCACGGGCUGGUUUCGAGUCGCGUGUCGCUGAGGGAUAUCACGACGAAUCCUGAUGGGGAUGUGCUGCACACGACUCGGCGCGACAAUGAGAUGGAUGCGUAUUCGUAUUCUGAUGCGGUAAAUAUUGUUGUUGGGCCUGGCGUGUACAGCUUGAGUUUCUACUUCCGUGGUCUAGAGCGGACUGAGGGAGAGCUUGGCGAGGCGUUUGAGAUCGGGACUGGGUACUCGUUUGCGUUUUCGGCGCAAACGGUCCGACGGGUUCGCGCGAAGCUUGAUACUGGGGCGAAGACGAGCGCGAUUGAUGUGGCUCAGUACGAGAUGAUCGAUGACACGCACGUGCGGUUUGAGAUUGUGUAUCGGACAGCGAGCGAGCGGGUGAUCUGUCACACACGGAUCCGGAUCGGGGAUGAUGAGUUUGAUGCGGAGGUGGGCGCUGGCGGGGCGGUACUUCGUGGAUUCGUCGAGGAAGUAUGUGAUCACAGGAAAAUCCAAGAAGAAGAUGGAAAAGAAGUCAUCAUGAAAAUCGGUAUUCUUUCUACAGCUCCAAAGUGCUACAGCACGCAGCGGCUCAAGCAGGCGGCGGUGGAUCGUGGGCAUGAUGUGAAGGUGCUCAAUACGCUCCGGUUUACGCUCGAGCUUGAGGAGGGGGAGCCGGAUCUGUAUUUCCGCUCGAAGGUCUUGAGUGAGUAUGACGCGAUUCUGCCGAGGAUCGGGGCUUCGAUCACGUACUUUGGAACGGCGGUGGUGCGUCAGUUUGAGCAGAUGGAUGUGUACACGCCAAAUACCGCAAACGGGAUCACGAACUCACGUGACAAGCUUCGGUCGAUGCAGAUUCUGAGUCGGCAUGCGAUCGGGAUUCCGCAUACGACCUUUGUGCGCGAUCGUGCGGAUGUGCUGCCGGCGAUUGAGCGGCUGGGGGGCGCUCCGGUGGUGAUCAAAAUUCUGGAGGGGACGCAGGGGGUCGGAGUAAUUCUUGCGGAGACUACGAAGGUCGCUGAGGGGAUCAUCGAGACGCUGCAGAACGCGAAGCAGAACGUGCUGGUGCAGAAGUUCAUCAAGGAGAGCAAGGGCAAGGAUGUUCGCGCGUUUGUGGUCGGGGACACGGUCGUCGCGGCGAUGCGGCGCGUGGCGCAGGGGGAUGAGUUCCGGAGCAAUGUGCAUCGUGGCGGCAGGACGGAGCGGAUCGAGCUUCCACCAGAGUUUGAAGAGGCGGCGGUCCGCGCGGCGCAGAUCAUGGGGCUGCGGGUCGCGGGUGUGGACAUGCUGGAGGGGGAUGAUGGGCCUCAGAUUAUGGAGGUGAACUCGUCUCCUGGUCUUGAGGGGAUCGAGGGCGCAACGGGGCUGGAUAUCGCGGGGGCGGUGAUUGAUUACAUCGCGAGUCAGGUGAACUUCCCUGAGAUUGAUGUGCGCCAGCGGUUGACGGUUUCGAAGGGGGUCGGGGUCGCGGAGAUCGUGAUCCCGGAGGGGUCGGAGCUUGUUGGGAAGACGAUCGCGGAGUCUGGACUGCGCGAGCGGGACUUUACGAUUCUGAAUCUGCAUCGCGGGAUCAAGGUGAUCUCGAAUCCGAAGGGAACUCGCGAACUGGAAGCGGAUGACAGUUUGUUGUGCUACGGCAAGCUUGAGGCGAUGCGUGAUCUGAUUCCGGAGAAGAAGAAACGCAAGCGCAAGACCAAGGCGAAGAAACUUAUUGAACGCGGGUCCUCCGGCUCGGUGUCGAUCGCGAUCUCGGAGGGGUACUCCGGGAUUGAUAUCAAGAUCCCGAUCUAUGUGUGGCGCGGCGAGGAGGACGGCCCCACUGUUGCGGUCACGGCGGCGGUGCACGGCGAUGAGAUCAAUGGGACGGGGACGAUCCGGCACAUCAUCCGUGAGCAGCCCUUUGAGCUCAAGGCGGGGACGUUGGUGAUGGUGCCAGUCAUAAACAUGAUGGGGUUUGAGCGGCACUCGCGGUAUCUUCCGGAUCGGCGUGACCUCAACAGAAGUUUCCCGGGCUCGAAGGAGGGGAGUCUUGCGAGCCGGAUGGCGCGGUCGUUCUUUGAUCAGGUGAUCCGGGGGUGUGAUUACUGCAUCGAUCUGCACACAGCGGCGGUGCGUCGGACGAACUUCCCCAACGUGCGCGCCGACAUGGACAACGAAAAGCUCGCGGCGUUUGCCAAUGCGUUUGGUGCUUCGCUGAUUGUCGAUAGCAAGGGGCCUCAGGGGUCGCUGCGGGCGAGCGCGUGUGAAAUUGGGUGCGCGACACUGAUUCUUGAGGCAGGGGAGGUUUGGAAGGUUGAGGCGGGGGUUGUGGAGUAUGCGGUUCGCGGGAUUAUGAACUGCUUGCGUUUUCUUGAGAUGAUUGAUGGGGAGAUUGUUGAGCCGGUGUUUCGAUUGGUGACGAAGACGACGAAGUGGAUCCGUGCUGCUCAGGGCGGGUUCUUGGAGUUUCAUGUGUCUGCGGGGGACAUUGUUCGCAAGGGGCAGGCGCUGGCGACGAAUACGGAUCUGAUUGGCGAGCGGCAGAAUGUGGUUCAUGCGCCGGAGACUGGGGUGGUGCUCGGGAUGACGACGCUGCCAUCUGUCGCGCCUGGGGAUCCGGUGUGUCACUUGGCGCUUCCUCGCAAGGGUGCGGUCAAGCGUGUGGAGAAGGCGGUCGAUGCGCUGGAUGAGGAUUCGCUGCAUGAGCGUGUUCGGUUGGAGCUGGCGCGGGGCGCUUCCUGGGCCGUGGGUGCCGUGGCGGGGUUUGGCUUUGAGCGCGGAGGCGCGGGUGAGCGCGUCCUUUCCGAAGCGGGUGUUGAUCUGAUCAGAAGUACGAUCAACGGCUCGGUCUUUGGCGUGGUCUUGUGUGUCGAAAAGGGUGAUCGAGCGGGUGAUGGUUUCGAAGUCUCCGAAGCGGACUUUGAUGCUGACGGUGCGUGCGUAGCGGUUGUGUUUACGGAGGCGGAUCGCGACGUCUUGGGAUUGGCGUGCGAUCAGGGCGCGGACUUCGUUUGGACUUUCGAGGUCGGUCUCGAAGGUGUGCUCGUGGGAGAUGGAUUUGGCUUGUCGGUCGAUGCGGACGGGGCGGUCGUCGAGGCCUUGGGCGAGCUUGUGGAGGUGGGCGCCGAGGUCUCCCAUGCGGGCGUGGAGGGAUUCGAGCGGGUGGCUGCGGAGGUCUUUGACAGUGCGGAUCCCGAGUUUGUGGAGGGUGCGCUCGGUGCUUGGUCCGACUCCCCAGAGUGUGUUGAUGGGGAGUGGGUCGAGGGUUUGUUGGAUGCGGUCUGGGUGGAUGACGGUGAGGCCGUCGGGCUUGUCCAUGUCGGAGGCGAGCUUGGCGAGGAACUUGUUGGGCGCGACUCCGACGGAGCAGGUGAGCUGGGUUUCUUGUUUGAUGAGGGCGCGGAACGCUUCGUCGAUGGAGAUGGGCUGGAUCGCGGGAGAGAAGCGUUCGAGGAUUUCGAAGACUUGUUUCGAGACUGCUCGGUAAUCGGAGUGGCGUCCCGAGACGAUGAUCGCAUCGGGGCAGAGGCGUUUGGCGAUGACUGUGGGCUGGGCGGAGUGGCAUCCGAACUUGCGUGCUUCGUAGGACGCGGCGGCGACGACUCCGCGCGGGCCGUCGCCUCCGACGAGGACGGGUUUGCCUUGGAGUGCGGGGUUGUCGCGUUGUUCUACGGACGCGAAGAAGGCGUCCAUGUCGACGUGCAGGAUGGAGCGGUCGGCUAUCCAUUGACGAUUGUUUGA